AUGGAGCGCGUCUUCUGUGUUCCCUACAGCUUGUCUCCCGGCUAUGGGAACAUGCUGCGUUUGGGCCAGUCUGGACUCUCUGAGCACAGACAACCGCACUGGAGGCAAACCAAUGUUCCCCCCACUUUCCUGGCCAGGCCCAGGCUGCUGAUGCCCUCCAGUGCCUCCGACUGCUGCAUGGACCCUUACAAGAGAGCCCAGCUCAUGGCCGUUUUCUCCCAUAUGAACCCCGGCCUGAGCCUGCGGCUGCGCAAGGCCAACACCAAAGAUGUGGGUGUGCAGGUGAGCCUCCGGGUGGGCAAGUCUGUGCAGUGCUCUCUGGGGCCUCGCACCCUGGACAGCCUCUCCCCCUGGGCCAGCGCAGGCCACAGUGCACCCGCGUCUGCUUGGGGCGUCUCUUCACCGGUGCCCGGCCACUGGGGCCAGGUGCAACUCUCGGGUCCUCCCGAGGCUGGCCAGCUGCCCCCGCCACUGCCACCACCAGCACCACCACCAAGGUUGGAAGAGGAUCCCCCCGAGGAACUCCAGCCGCGUGAGGAGCUGGUGGAGGAAGACUCCUCGAGCCCUCGGGAGAGGAAGAGCAAGCCGGCCCCGGUAGACUCCAGCCAGCCGCUUGGGAGGCCCAACUUCCAGUUUUUAGAACCCAAAUAUGGCUAUUUUCACUGUAAAGAUUGUAAGACCAGAUGGGAGAGUGCUUAUGUGUGGUGCAUUUCUGGAACUAAUAAGGUUUAUUUCAAACAACUCUGUUGCAAAUGCCAAAAGAGUUUUAACCCUUAUCGAGUGGAAGCAAUCCAGUGCCAGAACUAUGGAUGGAGGCUUUUUAGAUACAGUCCUACGCUACCUUGGUUCUUAAGAGUAUUGCUACACGUGGGAAGUUCUGCCAUCCUCUUUAUGAAAAGUCCUACAGGCAACAAGAGGGAGAACAGUCUGACCAAGCCUUUUGAAGGCUGA